AUGGUAAUAAGACUCAAGGGUGCUAUGACCAAUGAAGUCUACCAAAUCAAAUGGCCAACCAACAAAGAACGCUCUCGAAAGGUUUUAGUUAGGAUAUAUGGUGAGGGUGUGGAUGUGUUUUUUGAUCGUGAAAUGGAGAUCCGAACAUUUGAGUUUAUGUCCAAGCAAGGGCAAGGGCCUCGUCUCCUUGGGAGAUUCUCUAAUGGCCGAAUUGAAGAAUUCAUUCGUGCACGGACACUCUCGGCCUGUGAUUUGCGGGAUCCUGAUAUAUCUAGGCUUAUAGCAUCUAAGCUAAAGGAGUUCCAUGAUCUGGAUAUGCCUGGUCCAAAGACGCCCAUGGUCUGGGAUAGAUUGCAUAAUUGGCUUAGUGCAGCCAAAAGUAUGUGCACUGUAGAGGAAGCACAGGCCCUCCGUUUGGAUGCCAUGGGAAAAGAGAUUGAAACUUUACACAAAUGUCUGGCAGCAGAUCAACGUGUAGCAUUUUGCCACAAUGAUUUGCAAUAUGGGAACAUAAUGAUCGAUGAAGAUACCAGAUCCAUAACCAUUAUCGACUACGAGUAUGCUUGUUACAACCCUUUCAUGUUUGAUAUUGCAAAUCAUUUUUGCGAGAUGGCUGCUGAUUAUCAUACAGAAACACCCCAUGUUUUGGAAUAUACUAAAUACCCUGGGCUUGAUGAGCGUAGGAGAUUUCUGCAUGUAUAUCUCACUUCUUCUUCAGGAAAUCAACCCAAUUACUUAGAAAUUGACAAGUUGCUUGAAGAAGUUGAAAAGUAUACUCUUGCAAGUCAUCUACUUUGGGGCUUAUGGGGAGUCAUAUCGGAACAUGUUAAUGAAAUCGAUUUCGACUACAUGGAAUAUGCAAAACAAAGGUUUCAAGAGUACUGGUUACAGAAACCUAAAAUAUUGGGUUCCAUAGAAUUAAAAGAUUCAAGCAUCUUAACAAAAUAG